GGCUCUCCCCAGAGUCGGGCAGACGGCGGCAGCGGCGGCGGCGGGAGCGGCGGUGUCUCCGCACCUUCCCUCCUUCCCUUCCCUACCGGGCCCGGCCGCCCAGCCCGACGAGUGAGAGGGAGCCAGGUGAGCGGGAGCCAGAUAUGGCACUAACAGUGGAUGUGGUGGGGCCAGGGCCCUGGGGCUUCCGGAUCACUGGGGGCAGGGAUUUCCACACGCCUAUCAUGGUGACGAAGGUAACUGAGAGAAGCAAGGCUGAGGCUGCUGACCUCCGGCCUGGAGACAUUAUCGUGGCCAUCAACGGGGAGAGUGCCGAGGGUAUGCUUCAUGCUGAGGCCCAGAGCAAGAUCCGCCAGAGCCCCUCACCCCUGCGGCUGCAGCUAGACCGGUCUCGGGCUGCUUCCCCCCUGCAGACCAAUGGGGAAAGCUCUGUGGAAGGGCUGGCGACUCGCUUCCAGGGCCCCAUGAGGACACACACUGACAGCCAGUCCUCCCUGCCGUCUUCCUGCUCCAGCCCAGUCUUCUCCAGCCCCCAGCCGGGCAGCCCCUUCACCCUGUCCCCCACCAGCCAGCAGGCCCUCACUGGAGAGGCUGUUGUCAGCCGCAGUUUCCAGAGCCUGGCACACUCUCCGGGACCGGCUGCUGCUGACCGCUUUUCCUACGGGGGCCACCCCGGAAGCCGACCGGCCAGCCUCACCCGCGCCACGGCUGGUGACUCGGCUGUGCUGGUGCUGCCCCCUUCCCCGGGUCCCCGCUCCUCCAGUCCCAGACUCAGGGAAAGGAUCCUCACUCCCUGCCGCUCCUGUCUCUGCAGUGUGGACUCCGAGGGGAGAAGCUGCCUUCUGGAAGAGGACUCAGAAGUCUACAAGAUGCUGCAGGAAAAUCGUGAGGGGCGGGUGGCCCCCCGGCAGUCCAGCUCCUUUCGGCUCUUGCAGGAGGCCCUGGAGGCCGAAGAAAGAGGUGGCACUCCGGCCUUCCUGCCCAGCUCGCUGAGCCCCCAGGCCUCCCAGCCCACUUCCAGGGCCCUGGCCACUCCCCCCAAGCUCCACACGUGUGAGAAGUGCAGCACCAGCAUUGUGAACCAGGCUGUGCGCAUCCAGGAGGGGCGGUACCGCCACCCAGGCUGCUACACCUGUGCGGACUGUGGGCUGAACCUGAAGAUGCGUGGGCACUUCUGGGUCGGAGACGAGCUAUACUGCGAGAAGCAUGCCCGUCAGCGCUACUCCUCACCCCCCACCCUCAGCUCCCAUGCCUGAGUACCCGGCUAGGCUCUCAACCUGCCCUCGACUGCGUGGGCACCUCUGUGCCAGGGCCAUGCCAAUUGCAAGUUGGCAUGUAAGGGUGGCGGUGGGUAGUGGGGUCCCUUCCUCCAGGCUGGGUGAGGCUGGAGCCUGGGACCUGUGAUGGGCUGUGGAUGAGGACAGCCUCCCCAUCCCAGGCCUCUGCUAGACACUCACUUCCCCUUGUAGGAGAGGUUGUGCACCAAAGUGUGAGGUGGGCCCUGCAUUUCAUAUCAUUGUGCAACAGGGGUUAAGCAGGGUGGGAUACAGAGAUAAAUAUGUAGAAAGAGAGGGAUAGGUCAGAGGUUAAAGGUAUUCACUCUGUAAAGUUUUCAGCAAUGAGCUCUAUAAAUAUAUAUACAUGGUCGAAACAAA